UCGCCACAGUGACGCCAUUCUGCUGCGACGGCGUGAGUGCGGAGCUUGCGUGUGGUGGUGUCGACUCCGGCGGGAAACCCGAGGCUCGCUUUCGGCCCCUGAUCUGAGCAAAGGGAAAGUGGCGAGAUGACCGACCGCUACACCAUCCACAGCCAGCUAGAGCACCUCCAGUCCAAGUACAUCGGCACGGGCCAUGCCGACACCACCAAGUGGGAGUGGCUGGUGAACCAGCACCGCGACUCGUACUGCUCCUACAUGGGCCACUUCGACCUGCUCAACUAUUUCGCCAUUGCCGAGAAUGAGAGCAAAGCGCGAGUCCGCUUCAACCUGAUGGAGAAGAUGCUGCAGCCGUGCGGGCCGCCAGCCGAUAAGCCCGAGGAGAACUGAGGCCCCGCGCUGCGACCCUUGCGGGAGCCCCUCUCUCUACCUUCCUCAGUUUGCCGUUGUUUCCCGCAUUUUCCUUCCUCCAGUGGACGGAUCCUUCCUGGCUCGUGCUUCUCGUGCUUUCGGUGUACAGAGGAGUGUGUUCCGGGGUGGCCCGCCUGACCUGCCUUUACGUGGACCCUGCGGAACGUGGCACCGAGACACCGUCAGGACCUGAGAACUGUGCGAGUGGAGAGGUCCCAGAGCCGACCAGCAUGGGGGAGGACCACACUGGGUUGAAACGGGAUUUGGCUAGUUGUCAUUGUUGCUUUUUCCAUAAAGUUUAGAAAUUGUCCUGUC